AUGCUCAUCAUAGUUCUGUUCUCACACCUCCUUUUAUUUUCCGAGGCCUCGGCGGCAGGUCCGCUGAGGAGAGGAGAAAGAUUAAGAUGGCGGAAUGUAGCAGGGGCAUCGAACGUUUACAAUUUCGCGAACACUUCUAGUGUAGCUAUUACGUCGAUAACGUCUGUAGAAAAUGAAGCCUCUUCGCUACCAUCGCUUAGCGAAACGUCAACACAGUCUUCGUCUCAAAAUCUAAACUCAUUUGUUACAUCAGACUUGGGCGCCUUGUCAAGUUCAUCAUUAACUGCGGUUGCUUCGAGUACGAACGCUCCGUCGAGCCCAUCGAGCCCAUCUGGAUCCGCAUCUUCCACUUCAAUCUCCCGAUCAUUCACUGUCGCCGAAAGUAAUACUAUUCCCGCCAUUAACAUAUUUCCAUCCUCCACAGUGCUUGUUGGACCUUCCCCCACCAAUGGAACCAUCUCGAGCUCGACCGUGAGUGCCGCAUCAUCUAGCGUGGAGAAAGGACCAUCAACAAGCUCGACUAAACUUUCUAUGUCGACUUCUUUAUCACUCCCGCUUAUGUCAGCAUCCUCAGCUAUUUCCAGUCCUGCUUCUGACUCAGAACUCCCGUGUACCUCAGACCAAAGCGAGACUAGCCAGCCAACAUCAACCAGCGUCACUUCCGCAUCAGCAUCUGCAUCAUCAGUCUCAUCGUCUGCUAUUAAUCCUUCUACAUCAACCGGAAACAGGGGAAUUGGUGCUACGAGUAGCUCUUUGGCUUCAAGUGCUGUUACGCUUGCACCAUCGAGCUCUGCGGUAUUCGUACCAAUAACAAAAUCAUCAUACACAUCUCACUCCGUGUCAGCGACUGGAUCAACAAAUGAUAAUAUCCCCACCAUAAUCAGCUCCAUUCCAGCUUCCAGUACAACAGUAUCCCCCGAAGUGCUUGCCAGCAACUUGGCUGAUGCAAAGCGCUAUAAUGAAGUCUUCGCUGGAUUGACAGAGCAGUCCGCUUGUACGGCAGGCCAAGUCGCCUGUGUCAAUGGAAACAUUGGUCAAUGUUCCAGUGGCGGCACAUUCGACAUAAUCCCCUGUGCCAGCAACCUAACUUGCUACGCCUUGCCGAUGACGACAGUUACUGGUGUCCAGAUUGGUUGCUGGGAUGAUGCUACCGUCAAGAAGGCUCUGGGUGGUGAUGUGCCUUCUGUAUCUAGCUCAAGUUCGAAAGCAUCUGAUGGUUUAAUCACGGUGACGAUCACUCCAACUUUUACCGAGACUGCUCAAACUACAGUAACGAUGAGUCCAUCUACAGAGACGUCUUUGUCUACCAAAAUAUCUUCGACGACCGAUGCUUCGGUGCCUAGUUCUACCGAAGCCCCCGCAAAAACAGUUACCGUCACCCAUUUCAUCCCUAGCACCUUCAGCACCGUAACCAAAUCGAGUUCGAGUUCAGCUCCUCAGAUAAUCACAGAAACCGUCACCGUAACCCCCUCUUCAUCCAGAACCUCAUCUUUGACUUCAUCCUCUUCGAUUAUUUCAAUACCUUCGCCGCCGUCAUCUACUAGUACAUCCACUCGAGUCCAUUCUACACCUACGGAUUCAGGCCUCCACGUCAUUCCAAUCGAGACCGACGCUAUCGGUCUCCCAGACUUCCCUGGGUUACCUGGUAAUGAUAAUAAUGGUUCUCCAUUUGCCACAAACACUAGGCAUUUCGGUUUCAGCACCGCGACAAAUGCUCAAGCCCCUGCCACGAUCACAGUGACAGAGAAGGAGACAGAAACGGUAACAACAACUACGACAGAUAUGGUGACGACAACUGCUACUGUAACAAAUUAA